AUGGACUCAGUACAGCAACAUGUUCGUCGGGGCAGCAGCUCAAGUCGCCUCGAGAAGCGGCGUGCCAGCAUAGCCGAUGAUGCUGCCCAGCUAGAGGCUAUGGGGCAUAAACAAGAACUUAAGCGCAACUUUUCCAUGAUAUCCAUGUUGGGCUUGGCGUUUGCCAUUCUCAACACUUGGACGGCUCUGGCAGCCUCAAUUACACUUGCACUUCCCUCUGGAGGAACCAGCGCCGUCAUUUGGGGUCUCAUGGUCGCCGGAGUUUGCAAUCUGUGCCUCGCAGCCUCUCUCGCCGAAUUUCUUUCCGCGUAUCCCACCGCAGGUGGACAGUAUCACUGGGCAGCCAUUAUCUCCUGGAAGAAGUCGAGCCGAGCCAUCAGCUAUGUGACCGGAUGGAUCAAUGUUUGCGGAUGGGUCGCUUUGAGUGCUACAGGUCCAUUACUGGGUAGCACUUUCAUUGUCAACAUUAUUUCUCUCUUCAAUCACGAGUACGAUGCGAAGCCGUGGCAUCAAUUCCUGAUCUACAUUGGCUUUGCACUCAUUGCUCUCGUCAUUAACGCUUUCUUGACGAGGCUCCUUCCAUACUUUACCAAGGCAGCCUUCUUCUGGUCCAUAACCGGUUUCGUCAUCAUCGUUAUUACUGUGCUGGCAUGUGCGUCACCUGAUUUCCAGACUGGCGACUUUGUGUAUGGCCAAUUCAUCAACAAUGUGGGAUGGCCAGAUGGCUUGGCUUGGCUUCUUGGACUUCUUCAGGGCGCUUUUGCAUUAACCGGCUUUGACGCUACCGCACACAUGAUUGAAGAAAUUCCCGACCCUCAGCGACAAGGCCCCAAGAUUAUGCUCUACUGCAUUGGCAUUGGCAUGUUCACAGGGUUCAUUUUUCUCAGUGGUCUUCUCUUUUGCGUCAAUAACAUUGACAAUGUCAUCGAAGCCGGAUGGGGACCUCUAUUGGAAAUCUUCAUGCAAGCAACCAAGAGCAAGGCUGGGAGCACCUGUCUUCUCAUAUUCCCCUUGCUCUGCAUGGUCUUUACCACGACUACGCUAGUCUGCACGAGCACACGAAUGAGCUAUGCGUUUGCGCGAGAUCGCGGUAUGCCGUUUAGCAGCUUCUUUGCACGGGUUCACCCUACACUCGACGUUCCUCUGAACGCCCUGUUUUGGACAGUCGCUUGGGUCAUUGUGUUCGGCUGCAUCUUCUUGGGGUCUAGCAGCACGUUCAACGCCAUUACUGCUGCAUCUGUUGUUGCUUUGGGAGUGACUUAUGCUAUCCCUCCGGCUAUCAAUGUUCUCCGCGGUCGUAAAAUGCUGCCAGAGAACAGAACCUUCAAGUUGACCGGUGUAUUCGGCUGGACACUGAACAUCGUCGGCAUUCUGUGGUCUAUCCUCACAACUGUUCUUUUCGUUUUCCCACCCGAAAUUCCCGUCACAGCAAACAACAUGAACUAUUGCAUCGUCGCGUUCGGUGUCAUGCUUCUCAUAGCCGGAGGUACAUGGGUCUUCGAUGGUCGCAAGCACUACGAGGGUCCGCAUCUGGAUGUUCAGGGAUUGAUUGAAGGCAAGGUGGAAGGCAUGGAGCCUGUCAAGGGGGUUGAUUCGGAGAAUAAGACACAGGAGGAGUUGGUUGAGGCGCGCACUACUAUCCCUAUAGAUGCUUAA